UCAAAAUCAGCAGUAUGGGCUGUUCUGUAAAUAUCAACUGCUAAAAUAUAAACCUUGGCAACAUGUAGCAGACAAUGCAUGGGACAAUCUUGAACAGUGUGAUGAAACUUAUAAAGCAUGUUGGAUGAACUUUUUGUGUAGUGAUUGUGGGAAGAACAGUGUUCCUGACUGGGAAUUGCAAUUGAGCAGCUUAAAAGCAGCCAUUAAUCUGGAAAAUGAAAAUGAAAACAUGGAAAUUAUAGAGGAAGAAAAGGAAGAGUGGAUGUUUAUGUCAGAACUGAAUUUACAGGAGUUGAGCACAGAUACUGAAUAUAACUCGACGUUAGCUCCUGAAGGAUAUUGGCACAAUGUUAGUGAACAUUUUGACGAUGUUGAUCUACUUUCUGUUACUUCUUGGUUAAAUACUCAGAAAAAUAAAAAUGAACCAAGUUGGCACAUAUCAUCAAGAGUAAUAGAUAUUUCAAGUUUUAGUAGCGAUCAAUUGUUGGCAUACCAUAUCAUUCUAAAUCACUUCAACAGCAGUAAUGAACUGCCUUUGCAUCUACUUGUUAAAGGAAUUGCAGGUUCAGGAAAAAGCUAUGUUAUUGAUGCUGUAAGAAAUGUUCUUAAGGAAAAAUGUCAAGUACUAGCAUAUACUGGAAAGGCCUCUUUUAAUGUCAAGGGUGUAACACUGCAUUCUUUCCUCAAACUACCAAUUGGUUCAAAAAGACUCUUCAAAUUGAAAGGAAUAGCUUUGCAACAACUUCAAACUAAUUUACAAAACAUUCAGUAUUUGAUUAUAGACGAAUAUUCAUUUGUUGGCCAGAGCUUAUUUGGGUGGAUAGAUUGUAGAUGCAGGCAAGCUACAGGUUUAGCUGAUCAAGCUUUUGGUGGUCUUUCUGUUAUUCUGGUCGGUGAUAUAGCACAGUUAUCCCCAGUUGGUGAUAAACCACUUUUCCAUUCUUUGCCAAAAUCAGAAAAACAGAUUCAGGGUCACCUCAUAUAUAAAGAGUUCAAACAAGUCGUCACAUUGUCAGUGAAUCAUAGAGUUGAUGGCAAAACUAAUGCCCACAGCUGCUUUAGAGAUCUCCUCAUUAGAGCACGAAAUGGAGAAUCCACUUUCGCAGAUUGGCAGACAUUGUUAUCUAGAACUCCUGAAAAUGUAACAAAUAUUGAAGAAUUCCUAACAUCAUCUGUAAGGCUAUCCUAUCUGAAGGCAAAAGUUGCAGAAAUGAACUUGAUCAAAUUAAAAAAUCUAAACCAGCCAAUAGCAACAAUCAAAGCCCGUCAUUCUGGUGGUGCUCAAACACUUAGCUCUGAUGAAAUGGGAGGAUUAGAACCUGUCAUAUAUUUAGCUAAAGGUGCUAGAGUUAUGCUCACUAUGAACAUGUGGACAGAAGUUGGUCUUUGUAAUGGUGCACUAGGAACUGUAUUAGAUUUUGUAUAUGCUGAUGGGCAAACUCCUCCAGCCCUGCCUAUUUGUGUUCUUGUACAGUUUGAUGAACAAUAUAAUGGACCUUCUUUAACUGCAAGUGUUCCAAGAUGCGUUCCAAUUUGUCCAAUAACCCAAAUUUCACAAAACAUAGGUCACACAUGUGAAAGACAACAACUUCCUUUAAAGCUAGCAUGGGCUAUGACUAUUCACAAAAGCCAAGGUCUGACUCUUAAAAAAGCAUGGAUAGAUCUCGGCCCUUCAGAGAAUUCACCUGGUAUGACAUAUGUGGCUCUUAGUAGAGUAAAAAGACUCCAAGAUCUCAUAAUUGAGCCAAUGACAUUUGAAAGGUUGCAAGCUUACAAAAAAUCAAAUUUUUUGAAAUAUAGGUUAAUUGAAGAAAAGAGACUUGAUUCUUUAUCUCUAAAUGCUUCUAAAAAUGGUCAUCAUGAACGAUGGCAAGCAAAAGGACUUAUUGUAACAAACGACCAUGGGUUUAUUCACAACCUCAGUCCAAUUAAGAAGUCCCUUAAGUCAAAGCAUCAGUGGUAUGAAUUUCAGCUUCAAACUUCACCCACUAAAGUGAAACGUUUGGUAGGAUUUAAUCUCUAUGUCCAUGAUUCCUUAAAACAUUUUGAGGAAACCAAGAGCCCAGUACAGCUCAAGAACAUUAUUGUAAAAGACGACAAUGAAUGUAUUUUCAAUCAACAAUCUGCCGUACAUAAAGCAGGCUUGUCAGAUGUAUCAUUUUGUUACACCGAGCAGCCAAAGCUUGAAAGUGCAGGUGAAUCAAGUGCUGCAAAGUCAGUUACUGUGUCGAAUGUAAAAGGUUUGCACCCAAACCAAAAAGUCAAUGUCAGUGGUUCCCUCACUAUGGGAAAAGAAGACCUCAAGGCUGUUGUUCUCAGAUCCACUGGAGCAACAGCCCAUGUGAAGGAAGAUUGCGUGUUGGAGGACAACACUGGGUCAUCAAUGAUUCACAUUUGGGAACCCCUUGUCCAUACCUUGACAACGGGUAAAUCAUACUGCUUCACCAACCUGACAGUAAAGAAUUUCCAAGGGUCGACGUAUCUAAGUACAUCGCCAAACACAACAGCAAACCUUACAACACAAACAGUGCAAACCCUGACUGGACCAGAUAUGCUCAAAAGUCCAGAAAAGGAAGUAACUGCUUCAGAAUUCAAUUUGGUGUCAAAGCUAAACAUCUUUUGUUCCUGCAAAGUGUGCAAAAAACGCUUAAAUGAUGUUGAAUCAUUCACUUGCACCACACUGAAGUGUGAAAACUGUGGUACACGUCAAAGAUCAAGAGAUAUCAAACUGCAGGCUUCAGCAAAAAUUUCUAUCACUGAAUCAGAAGGUGACAACAGCAAAGAGAUGUGGAUCCAGGCUUUCACUGAGCAACUAGAAACCCUGCUGGCAGGAUCAACCUUAUCCCUAAAGGAUAAAAUCGAUGACAUUGAAGUUUAUCUUAUGUCUCUGGAAGACAUUUGUUUGGUAUACAAUGUCCAAACAACAAACAUUACAAAGAUUCUCUCCUUUAAACGUCCAGAAGUACACUCUGAUUAGCACAUUGUCUGUGAACAGU